ACUCCGCAGUUUGAAUAUUCUAACUCCAUUUUUCCUCCUCCACUCAUUUGAACAGUCCAUCAUCGGGCAUGGCAGUAGUGGUCGGAAACAUAACACUAUUACUCGACGGAACUCACGUGACCACUCCACGUGCUGUCGUGUUACCAGAUCGUAAAACACGUGAUGUUCUUUUGAACUUCUUUGUCAAGAAAGACCCCCCAUGCAUGAAUCAAAGCAUGCAUGCUUCUUCUAGUGGGUUCGAUAGUGAAAGAGAAAGAGUACUAAAUCCCAAAGUGGGGUUUAGAGGAAAAGUCAAUGGGAAAGUAGGUGAGGUAGAUUAUGAGAAUACAAGUGAUGAUGAGAAUGGAAAUGAAGGAGGAGAAAGUGGUGGAGGAGAAGAGUUUGAUUGGGAGAAAGAAAUGAGGAAGAGAGUGAAAGAGAUAGAGGAGAUGAAGGAAUUGGAGAAGAAAGCUGAGGAAUUGCAGAAUACUGUUGAUGAGGAGUAUGAUGAUGAAGAAGCUGAAAGUAGUGAAGAGACUGAAGAGGAUAAACGCGAAAGAGUAAGAAGAGAGCUCGAAAAGGUGGCAAAGGAGCAAGCAGAACGCAGGAAAACUGCUCAAUUAAUGUUUGAUUUGGGCCAGAAGGCUUAUGGGAAGGGCAUGUAUGGACGUGCUAUAGAGUUCCUUGAAGGUGCUCUUACUAUCAUUCCUAGACCAACCUUGUUUGGUGGAGAGAUACAAAUAUGGCUGGCUAUGGCUUAUGAAGCAAAUAACCGCCACGCAGACUGCAUUGAUUUGUAUAAGCAACUAGAAAGGAAACAUCCCAGUAUCAGCAUCCGACGUCAAGCUGCCGAGCUUCGCUAUAUAUUGCAAGCACCUAAGCUGAAGAUAUCUCAAGAAGAAAUGGUUACCAUACCACUUAUUGGUUCUAGCUAUGAUAGUUACGCUGGAUCAUGGACCGACAAAAACAAGGACAAAGAUGAAAGACAAAGUCGGUCUACAACUAAUCAGCUUCCAUCAAACAGGGACUGGGUGGGUGAUUUUCUGGUCUGGAAGCCACCAGUCGGUUUGGAGAAAAGCCAACCAUUCUGGGCAAUUUUAACAGUAUGGAUAGCCUUGGUUGGAGCUGCACUCUUUUUGCAAAAAUGAAGCAUAUAUAUACUUGUAAAGAUGUUUGUUGUUUAGCUUACUAUUCUUUAUUAUUGGUAUAGGCUGAUGUGUAUUACCGUUCUAAUGCCUGUUGUAAUUACUACCAUGCUUUAAUAUGAUUAGCAAAUAUCAAUUCUACUA